AUGGGGGGUUUAGGGAAGACCACUCUGGCAAAUAGAGUCUUCGACAAUCAGCGGGUAAAAACCUACUUCCAAAGCCAUGUAUGGAUUACAGUCUCGCAGUCUUAUGAGGUUGAGGAUAUUUUGAGGGACAUGAUUGAACAACUUCAUGGAGAAAUUGAGCAACCAACCCCACAAGGAAUGGAAUCCGUGAAUAGCAUGAGGCUCAAGCAAAUAGUGAAAGGCUUUCUGCAGCAAAAGAGGUACGUCAUUGUUCUAGAUGAUGUAUGGAACUCGAAAGCACUAGAAGAAGGAUUCGUUGAGAAAAGAGAAGGAAUGACACAAGAGGAGGUUGGUCAAAGAUAUUUGAAGGAGCUUAUAAACAGAAGUUUGGUGCAAAUUGCAAAAACAACAAUUGACGGAAGGCUAGAAAGUUGUAGGGUGCAUGACUUGAUGCACGAAUGUAUCCUUUCUAAGGCAAGGGAUGAAAAUUUUGUUUCAUUUGCAUCUGAGCAGAAAGUAGAAUUGCACGAAAGAGUCCGGCGUUUGUCAAUCGCAUACACCUACAACAAUUCACUAAAACAACUAAAUCUCCCUACCCUACACUCUCUGCUCAUUUUUGAGUCAGCAACAUCGUCUAGCUUAGAUGAGCAAUUUGUCCCAAGUGGCUGUCGGCUGCUGAGAGUGUUAGAUCUAGGAGAUUCACCUCUUCACAAGUUCCCCCAACAAAUACUAGUUAUAUUCCACUUGAAGUAUCUAAGUUUGAGAAGGACUAAAGUGCGCAUCAUUCCUAGAUCAAUUGGGAAACUCCAAAAUCUCGAGACUCUAGAUCUUAAACAAACGUUGGUCUCUAAGCUACCUGUGGAGGUAACCAAGCUCAAGAAACUACAGUAUCUAUUGGUGUAUAGUUACGUAGCUUUCACACCUUCUCGACCCUUUCGUUCUAUUACGGGAUUUCUAGCUCCCCAAGGCAUUGGAACACUGGUAUCAUUGCAGAAAUUGUGCUAUGUAAAAGCUGGAGGUCAUCGGAACAAGAAUGCAAUGCAAGAGCUAGGAGAGUUAUGUCAACUAAGGAGGCUGGGUGUAAUGGACUUGAAGAAAGAUGAUGCAAAAGAACUAUGUCACUCCCUUACGAAGAUGACUGACCUUAGAUCGUUAGAGGUGGUUGCAGAAAGUGAGUAUGAAGUUAUUGAUUUGGAUUUUCUAUCUUCGCCAACCCAGCUCCUUCAGCGUCUAUAUAUCAAAGGAUGUCUAAAGAAGCUACCUCAUUGGCUUCCUCUGCUGAACAAUCUGACCAAUGUGCGUUUGAAAUUGAGUAGAUUGAAAUCAAGCCCCCUAGUUGCUUUCCAGAAUUUGCCCAAUCUCGUGGAGCUUCUAUUGGAUAACGCCUUUGACGGGGAAAAAUUGGUUUUUGGAGAUAGAGGGUUCCCAAAGCUCAAGGAAUUACGUCUCCUCGAUCUUCAAAAUCUAAGAUUUGUGUUAAUGAAUGGUCAGGCAAUGCCUUGCCUUCAAAGUCUCUCAAUUUACAGAUGCAGAUGCUUUUAUGUGUUUGCUGAAGUUCAGAAGAGAAAGAAACUAAGGAAAUUGUGGAUUUCAGCUUGCGCUGCUGUACACAAUUCCCGUUCAUUAGAAUUUUUGUGCGUGUUUCGAAGGAUAAACCUGGGUUAG